UACGCUUAUACUUACAGCUAAGACUCACUUCCACGGCGAACUUUAAGAAUUUCCACAUUUCCUCCUCCCUUCGUCUUUUCUCUGUUCAAAUGUAGAAAUUAACCCCUCAAAAUACUAAUCCAAUCAAUUAACCACUUAAUCAUUUCUCAAUAAUUUAACCUAGAUCAAUACUCUGAUUUUAUUUUAUUUUUGAAUUGGAGGAGUUGAAUUUCGAGACGGUUGUAGCUUAGAUUCGGAGCAGGCGGAAUCCGAUGGCAACGGUGUUCAGUCCCGGACGAAGCCCCGGGAGUUCGAGGAUUCAGCUAGGAACAGCUAGCGGAGUCUCGAGGCUUAGAUCUCCGUCUCUCAAGAAGCCGCCCGAGCCGUUGCGUCGGGCGGUGGCGGAUUGCCUUUCUUCCUCGUCGUCGUCUUCUUCUUCGUUGCCGGCGGCGGGUCCCGGAGGUGUUAGCUCGUAUCACCAUGGUAGUCCGUUGUUUUUAACUGAAGCUUCGAGGAUACUUCGGGACUAUCUGGCAGCACCCUCAACAAUUGACCAGUCUUACAUUGCUAUUUUAGAGCAUACAAUUGCAGAGAGGGAACGCAGCCCAGCUGUAGUGGGAAGGUGUGUGGCACUCCUGAAGCGUUACCUCUUAAGGUAUAAGCCCAGCGAGGAGACACUGUUGCAAAUAGAUCGGUUUUGUGUCAACUUAAUUGCUGAAUGUGACAUUAGUCCAAAUCGAAGGUUGUCACCUUGGUCUCGGUCUUUAAAUCAACAAUCUAGUUCGUCAAAAACACCAACACCAUCUACAAGUGCUUCUCCUUUGUUGCCUGUGUCUAGUUUUGCUUCUGUAGCCCUUGUAAAGUCAUUGAAUUAUGUGAGAUCCUUAGUGUCUCAACAUAUUCCAAAGCGUUCGUUCCAGACAGCAGCUGUUGCUGGGGCAUCCUUGGCAUCUAGGCAGUCACUUCCUUCUUUGACAUCAUUGUUGAGUAGAUCUUUCAAUUCCCAUCUAUGCCCUGUGAAUGUUGGAGAGAUUACAGAAAAGAAAGAUGCUACAACUUUAUCUGUUUCAAACUUGUCAAACAUUGAGGAAGCUGAUGGAAUAGAGAAUCCUGAAUAUAUUGCACAUGAUGUUUUGAAAUGGCGCUGGCUCAGGGAUCAUCAGUCACCAGUGUUUACUGAAAGUGAUCUACCUGCGAAUGUUCUAGACAUGAGAACACAUAAUUUCUUAGAAGUAGGAGCAGCGGCUUUACUUGUUGGAGACAUGGAAGCUAAAAUGAAUGACAAGCCUUGGAAACAUUUCGGCACAGCUGAUAUGCCUUAUCUUGAUCAACUCUUACAGCCCUCACCAGUCACAACAAUUGGCAAUUCCUCUUCUGCUCGCUCCCAUUUGAGAGCAAUUACUGCAUUGAAACGCAGUAAAGGAGAACCUCAUCAAAUUUGGGAUGAUUCUCCAGCAAGCACAUUUCGUCCACGAGCCCGACCACUUUUCCAAUAUCGUCACUACAGUGAACAACAACCGCUACGUUUGAACCCUGGUGAGGUAUGCGAGGUCAUUGCUGCUGUCUGCUCUGAGACAUCUUUUACGAAUGCUAAUGCCAUGACGGUGUCUUCUAGAUUAAAUAGUAACAAUCCAAAGCCAUCAAUGGAUGUGGCUGUGAGCGUCCUCAUUAAACUGGUUAUUGACAUGUAUGUCUUGGAUUCUGGAACUGCUGCUCCUCUCACUCUAUCUAUGCUUCAGGAGAUGCUUAGUUCUCCAAGGACAGCAUGUAGGGUGCGUGCUUUUGAUUUAAUUCUAAACCUUGCAGUCCAUGCUCACUUGUUAGAGCCGCAGAUAAUUGAUGAUAAUUCUGCAAUUGAGGAAGACUAUCCUCAGGAAUUACUUUUAAAUAGUGAAGAUCAGCUUAUCACACAAGGGAUAAGGAAAAUAGAUUCUACCAAGAAGUUGGGAACACCCUCAGCUAUUGAUAAAUUUGAGUCUUGGAUUUUAAACAUUUUAUAUGAGAUACUUCUCCUUCUUGUUCAGACUGAUGAGAUGGAAGAAUCUGUGUGGGCUUCUUCCCUAAGCUGUUUACUAUAUUUUGUUUGUGACAGUGGCAACAUUUGGCGAAAUCGAUUAAAAGGACUUGACAUCAGGGUUGUCAAGACACUUCUGGUGAUUAGCCGGAUAAAUUCCUGGGCUGAACUUGUUCAUUGCAAGCUUGUUUGUAUCCUAACAAACAUGUUAUAUCAGGUACCUGGUGAAUCUACUACGACCAUCAUGAGUGCGGCAAGCUUUCUUGUUGACCAGCUUGACCUGAUUGGUGGAAUUGAUUUUAUCUUCUAUGAGUAUUCAUUGUCAACCUCAAGGGAAGAAAGAAAACAUCUUUAUUUGGUGCUUUUCGACUAUGUUUUGCAUCAAAUAAAUGAAACAUGCAUAUCAACCGGAGUUUCCGAAUAUACUGCUGAUGAGAUUCAGCCAAUUGCUGCACUGCUCUCUUUGGCUGAUGCACCGGAAGCCUUUUGUAUCUCUGUUAAGCUGGGGGUGGAAGGAAUUGGGGAGCUUUUGAGAAGAUCAAUUUCUACUACAUUGUCUAGAUACCCUAACAGCGAGCGAUUAAAUAUGCUUUUGGAAAAUAUCACAGAGGAAUUAGAUAUAAUAAUACGUUCAUUUACACAUUUGGACACAGAGUUUUUGCAUCUGAAACAGAUAACAAAAUCAAACAAGCUGAAGGACAAUAUUGAGGGUUCAUCUAUGCAAAAUGGUGUUGCAAUGAAAGCCAAGCUUGCUUGGUCCAUUGUACAUUCUCUUCUUCAUUCAGAUAGAAUCCUUUACCGCCAAAAUGGAUUUAUCUGGUUAGGAGAUCUGCUUAUUGCUGAAAUAAGCGAGGCAAGGAAUGGGAGUAUAUGGUCCAAUGUCAGGAGCUUGCAGAAUAAAAUUGCUUAUGCUGGUGUUCAUGAUUCCUCUGGUCCUUCUGAUAUACCUUUGUCCAUCUGGUUGAUGUGUGGUCUGCUAAAGUCAAAGAACAGUUCCAUUAGGUGGGGCUUCUUAGUUGUUCUGGAGAGGCUUCUCAUGCAGUGCAAGUUUUUGUUAGAUGAGAGUGAAAUGCAACAGCCAAGUAACAGUGAUGUUAGCAAUGAUAAUAGAGAUGCCCGACUUGAGAACGCAAAUACAGUGAUAGACAUCAUGAGCAGUGCUUUGUCCUUGGUAGCUCAAAUAAACGAAACAGACCGCAUAAAUAUUUUAAAGAUGUGUGAUAUUCUAUUCUCUCAAUUGUGCUUGAAAGUUCCCCAUUCACCUGCAAUGCAAUUUGGUGAAGGAAUACAACGGCCUAAAGUUUUCACUUGCUCGGAAGAAAUUAAAAAAGCUAAUAAUGUUGAGUUUGUAACUCAAGCAAGCUGUCACUGGGAGGAAAUAAUAGAGGAAACUGAUAGCAAAUCAGGCUACGGUGUUAGUAGUCCAAUUUGUGAGACAACUUCUAUGGCUGCACUGCUACUCCAAGGACAAGCCAUUGCACCAAUGCAACUAGUUGCACGUGUUCCAGCUGCUCUGUUUUAUUGGCCUCUGAUCCAACUUGCAGGUGCAGCAACUGACAACAUUGCACUAGGUGUUGCUGUUGGAAGCAAAGGAAGAGGGAACCUUCCUGGUGCUACUUCCGACAUUCGGGCUACCCUUCUUUUGCUUCUAGUUGGUAAAUGUACUGCUGAUCCUACGGCUUUUCAGGAAGUUGGCGGAGAAGAAUUUUUCAGGGAACUGUUGGAUGAUACUGAUUCGAGGGUGGCAUAUUACUCUUCGUCUUUUCUAUUGAAGAGAAUGAUGACCGAGAAACCAGAAAAGUAUCAACACAUGCUACAAAAGCUUGUCUAUAAAGCUCAGCAGAGUAACAAUGAAAAACUGCUUCAGAAUCCAUAUCUUCAGAUGCGUGGGAUAUUCCAGCUAUCAAAUGAGCUUUGAACUUAGUUGUAUUUGAUGAUUGUUCUCUGCAGAGGUUAAAUAUACAUACGGCUGGAGGCACUGCAGUGUUCAUUAACAUGACUUUCCUUAUGAAAUUUUAACCCUAGCAACAUUUGGCCCGACUCUCCAAGUCCGUUCUUGAUGUAUGCUUUUGAUUUAGUGAGCCUGCACAAGAUAGUUUGGAGUCCUAAAGUAGUUCUAAGUUUCAUAGUUAACGAAUUUAGGUGAAGAGUGCGAGAUUCCAAGCCUGACUCCCUUUCUAGAAAAGAAAAGAUUAGAAAUUGUGAGCUUCGAGACUGGAUGACGGUGUGAAUUCUUUGCAUGCUGUUAUAUAUGCUCCCAGAUCUUCUGUACAAAUAGAGAUGAAGGAAUGCCAGGA